GCGUGGACGGGGUUCUUUAAACGAGCGUCUUUUAUGCUUCUAAAUCGCGAAGCACCGCCAAUUCGGCACAGCCAGUGUGAACAUUUGAGCGGUUGAUAUUAAUCCAGUGAAGGCGGGAGGAUGAGAAGCAGAAGUUUUGAUAGAAGUGUUUGCUAGCUGUGGUUUUCUAGCGGGGGAAAACAACAUCGGCGCUGAUGUGUAACGACAGGUAGCGUCAACUCCAGGCGUCGUUAAAGUUAAUAAACAUUAUCUCAGCGGUUUCUGCCAAAACAACUCCGCCUGGGUAAACUGUUAAACUCCGUGUCAGCUGUGUUGCUCACUCAGGCAGCAAUCUGUAAAGGUUGCUAAGCUAACGUUAGUAGUUUAACGAAUUAACCAUCCUAACUGACAACAGUUGACUCAGAAUGGCCUCCAGGAAGCCGAAGGAAAGUGACGCCAGCCUUCCCUUUGCUGCACUUCAGCUCUUGGCCCCGCCUGUGCGUCUGGUGUCUGCAGCCAUCUGGAAAGUGAUGAAGCAGAGGGAUGUGAUGCAGUAUGGGGUCGUAGAGGAGUUUGUGACCUCAGCCUGUGAGACCGUCCCAGGGCUGCUCACCUUCAGACAUCAGGGCAAGCUGGCACUGGGACUGAGAGCACGGUUAAUCUUGGAGCUGUGCUGUACACAACCCGAUGCUAAGGUGAUUGAGCAGCACCUGGAAAGGAUCCGUGCACCUAAUGCCCCUUCACACUCCUCAGCUCCUCCUGUGAGGAAGGACGUAAAAGUUAUUAAAACAGUCGAACGGUUCCACGCAUUGGUUCACACGCUGCUAACAGACCCUUCAGAGAAAGAACAGUUCUUCAAGGAGGAGUUUCCAGUGGAUUAUGGUCCCACGUUUGACCAGGAAUUGGAGAAGCUUCUGUGGGAGUUUCUAAUUCGACUGGACCAGUUGCUCCCUGUUCCCAACUUAGCUCAGACUGUGUCGUGGCUCAGCGAUGCCCCCCCUGUCCUGGAGGAGUGUGCACGGGCAGCCACCCAACCCCAGCUCUUAGAGAUCUUGCUUCAGCAUCAAACCUGUCUAGGUCAUCUAGAAUCAGCAGCAUCACUCCCUCCAAACAUGGGAGACUCCAUCCUGGCUUCACUUUCUCUGCCACCCUCUGGAAGAGUAGCUUCAAAUCAAGCAACAGGACCCAGAAAGUCUGCUGCAGAUCAGUCCGAUAGCUCACAGACAAAAAGCAAAACACCAUUUAUCACACCUGUUCUUGGACUAAUAUCUAAUGAAGAUGUACCAUGUAUGAUCUCCGCCAGUAAACGGGCACUGAGAGGUGAUGAGCCGGCCAGCUCAAACGAAGCAACAAAUGGGCACUUUUACUCAAAGGAGAACUUAAAAUUCACUUCGGUUAAACAGAAACAAAAGUCUAAAGAUGAUGGAGGGAAAGACGGUGAAGAUCAGGUGGAGGAGGAGAGGAACACCUUAAAAAGAAGCAACGGAGUGAAACGCAAGCAACCUGACCAAAGAGAAAGCGAGUCUGAGGAAGAGGAAGAAGUGUUACGCAUGACUAAAUCUAGGAAAAGGAGGCCGAGCAGGAACGGAGCGAGCAGGCCGAGGCAGGGUAGAAGAGCCCAGAGACCAAACGAGAGCGAAGAAGACGGAGCGGAAACCAGAAAAGACGAGGAGCGUAACCAAGCAGUCCUGGCAACCCGUAUGAGGCAGCUGGGUGUCAGAACGCUGCAGCUACCUAAAGAUCCGUCCCUCCGCUCCAUCGUCGUUUCUUGUCUGAACAGCCAGCCCAAAGUUAUUAUCGAAAAACUGCCAGUGACUUCCGCCGGCGUUAAGGGGAGCAGUAGAGGAGGAAAAUCCUCAUAUGUGCAUCAGCAGCAUCGGAGAAGGAAGUCGCCCGUCAAAGCCCCCGCACGUAAAAGCAACCAACCUCAAAAGCUUGACUCAGAUUUUCCUGGCUUGGAUGAUAAAGAAAAUCAUCCUGUAUUACCGAGUCUAAGCAGCUCUUCCUCCCACCAGCGGAGUCACACAGAGACGUCGGCCCCUCCGGGUGAUAGCGAAGACUACGUCGCUGAUUCUGAAGAUGAGGCGACAAAGAACUUCAAAGGCAGGCUGUUUAUGAAGCGCUACUACAAAACCAAGCACGGCACAUAUAUACCAACACUGAGGGAGUUCUGGAAACCCGGGAUGACACGGCGGGAGUUAUCUCCUCGCAGUAAACACAGAUGAUGACACGGUUUUUCACUGCCAGUUUCGGUUGUUGAGAAACCAACGCCAGAGGACUUUGACUGUCGCCAAGCUGGUUUUCUCUGCCAGCUACAUCAACUGAAAGCCAAAAAAUGUUUUUUAUGAAGUAUUUUCAUUAGUUAUCUUUGUCUUUGUUUAUGUUUUUCAUUGUAACAAAGGAAUUUGAACAUGAAUUUUAAUUUAAAUAAUUUCUUUGUUAUCAUGGAAAACCCUGAAAUGGCAUCGUCCCUUAUUAUAAGCAUUAUCAUGCAAACAAAACUGUUACUUUAAAUUGUGACUUUUAACUGUUUUCUUGUACAUAUAGUCCAGACAAUAUCUGGUUUAUGAUCAAACUUAUAAAUAUUUUAAACCUGAAA